AUGUGGCUUGAGCACUCUAUAACCGACAUCGAGGGUACAUCUGGCGGUUCUGUGAAGAUCGAACUGUUGAACCGUUAUUCUGCGAUGCCUUGCUUUGCCGUCCAGCAUCUCAACGAGUUGCUGCGCGAAUUGCUCGACGUUUUCGUUAUCCGAUAUCAGUCAAAACGUACCACAGAGGAAAUUCAAACACAUGAAACAUGGAUGAUUCCGUAUCCUGAUCCCACUACAGAACUCCCGGCCGCCUCAUACUUCAUGAAAAUGGGAAAACUUGAAAACCCUACCUGGCUUGUCGAGACUUUGCAUGCGCAUGCAGAGAAGAUGAAUGUCCGGCGAAGGGGCAGCUAUGACUGGCGCUACAAUGCAUGUUACAGCAGGGACGGCUGUUAG